AUGGCAGAUCUGGGGAACCGAGGAAGGACUCAUUACACCAUGAAAUUCACCUGUACCCUACUCAUUAUGGGACUGUGCUAUGUGGCACCUUUAUUCUGUCAUAGCCAAAUUGACCUCCUGGCUCUGAACCGAGCAGAUCCACAAUGCUGGGAGUCCUCUUCAGUGCUCCUUUUGGAGAUGAGAAAGCCACGCAUUUCUGACACUGUGACAGGAUUUUGGGACUUUAUGAUUUACCUAAAGUCAUCUGAGAACUUGCAACAUGGGGCCCUCUUUUGGGACUUGGCCCAACUCUUCUGGGAUAUCUAUGUAGACUGUGUGCUUUCCAGGAACCAUGGCCUAGGAAGGAGACAGCUGGCUAGAGAUGAAGAGAAACUCUCCACAAUACAUUCACAGCACACAGGAAGUAAGUCAGGUUCAUAUUCUCAGUUCUUAAGAGCCCCACUCUUCAAGAAGAAAGAAUUGAUUGAAGAUCUGAUAAGCAUCCAUAUGCAUAAGAGUGGGUCUAGAUUGCUUGGAAGAGUUACCAGUGACCUGGGAAUAAAAAGAAAAUAA